AUGGCCAAACUACGCUUUUCCCUCUUCUCAUUCCUCAUCCUCAUAAUCGGCGCAUCAGCCCAAUUCCAAUUCUUCGAACAAAUGUUCAACGGUCAACAACAGCAGCAGCAACGCCAACCACAAGAUGUACCUAGUGAUUCGCAAUGGUACCAGGAUAAUUAUGAUCGAGCACACUGUACAUCCUAUCUCUGCCCCGGCACCCUCUCCUGCGUGGCCUUCCCCCACCACUGUCCCUGCGCACACCCAACCUAUGAGGAGAAAUUUGAGUUGGCAGAUGGAAAUGCGAUUUGUAUAUCGAAAGGAGGGUUUAAGGCUGGGGAGGCGGCGAGGAAGGUGGAAUUGGCGAGGAAGGGAUUGAUUUGAUUUGGUUUGGUUGGAUUGGCUUGAACAUAGUUGGAAUUAGAGGGAGAAGGAGAAGGAGUUUAUUUAACAGUUUUACUUUUGCACGAGGUUGGUUGUGUUAGGGUGGGAGAUACGGGGGGGU